AUGUCCCCGGUACCAGAACCCAUUCUUCAAGCUCUCUCACUCCCACCGGAUUCAAAAGCCAGCCUCUCCACAUCCGGCCUUGGCUCAGGCUUCACAAGCACAGGCACCAUCCAUGCCCAGGUCCUCGGAGAAAAUGGCAUAGAGGCAGAACGACGCUACUUCAUAAAAACCUCCUCAAAUGGCAAAGCCGCAGAAGAAAUGUUCCAAGGCGAAUCCGAGUCCCUCAACGCAAUAGCAGCCUCAGUACCAGGAUUCUGUCCGCAAGCCGUAGCUCGGGGACCACUCGACGAGCCCGGCAGAAAAGCCAAAAAGCACUUCCUUGCAACAGAGUUCCUUGAGCUUGGCGGCAAGAUGGGCCGCAGCACGGGCGAAGAAACCACCCUCGCGCACCGCCUCGGAAAACUGCAUACUACGCCCGCACCCCUAGAUCCAAACACCGGCCAGCGCAGAUUCGGAUUCCCUGUGCCAACCUUCUGCGGUGAUACCAAGCAGCCGAACCGUUUCUGUGAUAGCUGGGCUGAGUUCUAUGCAAACGAACGGCUACUUACCAUCCUCGCGACAUCUGAAGAGCGCAAUGGACCCGAUGCUGGGCUGCGCGAGGAGGUUGAGAAGACGGCGCAUAAGGUUGUGCCUCGUCUGCUUGGGGAUGGUCAUUUAGGGUAUACUUUCAGUGGUGAGGGGGAGGGCAUUGUGCCUGUUGUUGUUCAUGGGGAUUUGUGGAGUGGGAAUGCUGAUCGAGGUCGGAUUGUUGGCUCGGGUCGCGAUGAGACACCUGGGGAUGUGGUGUAUGACCCAUCGGCUUGCUAUGGACAUAGUGAGUUUGAUCUUGGGAUUAUGCAUAUGUUUGGUGGGUUUGGAGCUCGGUUCUUUGAUCAGUAUCAUCGGAUUGUGCCGAAAACUGAGCCUGUGGCGGAGUAUGCUGAUCGGCUGGAAUUAUAUGAAUUGUGA